UUUUUACCGUCACCAGAUAAAGAUAUAGUCGUAAAGGCUCACUGUGUCCACUCCACGUCGUUGUAUAAGUAAGUGUAGAGAUUCAGUUCUACAGAAUCAGCUGAACCAUCAUGGGAAAAGGAAAGAAGAAGAAAACUCCUCAGACUCAGGAAGCGGCUAGUUCAGGAACUCCUCCACAACGAUCUCAAGCUGAAGAGGCAGUUUCAGAUAGACAAGCCACGAAGAAGGUGCCAGUGAAACAGGCACAAGAAGUGGGAGAAGCUAGUGGUGCAUCUGCAGUGGCUUCUGCUACCCAUCCUGCACGAGAGCAAAGAGUUGCUGAACGUCUGCCUGAAGCUUUGCCACGUCAUCCACCCAUUCAGGAAGCUGGGGCAGCUCAGUUACCACAGCAGAGAGCACCACCAGUGGCAUAUCCCUCAGAUCAAACUGCAUUUCCUCCUCAACGUGGCCGAGGUUACAGUUACGGCCGAGGUCAAGAUCGUGGCCACGGCCACGGUCGCGGCCGUGCUCGUGGCCGUGGUGGCGAUUACGGGCACGAUGGUAGUGACAGGAGACCGUUUUCCCCACAACAGGAGGCUGCGCAGCAAGUGGCUGCUGCUCAGCCGGGUAGUGUGCCGCCUCAUCAGUGGCAGCAACGCCAGCAGUCGCAGCAGCAGUACUGGUCACAGACACCUGCUCAGGAAUGGCGAGGGAGAGGUAGAGGAAGAGGUGGAGGGAGAGGGAGAGGCACUCCUCAAGCAUUCUCACCAACAGGAGACACUUUCCAAACUCGGGGUGCACCUGGUGCCAGGGAAUCGGCCUUUGCUCCUAGCAGUGCACCACCUGGGCUGCCACAGCAGCAGGGACCACUGCCUGCACAGCAGAUGCAGCAUAGUGGACCACCUCAUCAGCAACAGCAGAGACCACCACAUGAACAGCAAAUGCAACCCAGGGAGCGACCUCUACAACAGCAGCAGAGACCACCAUCUGCACAGCAAAUGCAUGUGGAGGGAGCACAUCAGCAGACACCUAGGCAGCAGCAGCCACAGAGCCAAAAAGAUGAUGACAUUGCUCAGAAAAUGAAAAAUUUGUCGUUAGACACUAUAAAUAUACCAGUUCGCCCUAACAUUCUUGAAGGAGGUUCAAAGGGCAGGAAAACAGUGGUCGACACAAAUCAUUUUAGACUAGACCUCAGUAAAUUGAAGAACAAGACUGUCAUGCAUUAUGAUGUGGCAAUCAGUCCUGACCGCCCUAAACGUCUAUUCAGGUCUGCCAUUCUAGCAUUACAACAGGCUUAUUUUCCCACUAGACAUCCUGCAUUUGAUGGCAGAAAGAACAUGAUCGCCUCAAGCUAUUUGCCACGUCUCGGACGAGGUGAAGAGUUGACUGCAACAGUAACAGUUAUGGAUGAGGAAAAGAAUCUUCCAAAGGAUUUUGAGAUCAAAGUGAAGUUGGUUGAUGAAGUUGACUUGACAUGCUUGAAUAGUUACAUGAGAGAAGAAACAAAUCUUGUUUUGCCACAAAAAGCUAUUCAAAUGCUGGAUAUUGUAAUACGCAAUGCUCCUGCACAAAGGUUUACUCAAGUUGGUCGCUCAUUUUUUACACCACCAAAACAAGUUUUCCCACUAGGAAAUGGAAUGCAUAUGUGGUUGGGAUUUUAUCAAAGUGUUAUCCUUGGUUGGAAACCAUUUUUGAAUGUUGAUGUGGCACACAAAGGAUUUCCAGCAGAUAAAAAUGUUAGGGAGAUUAUGGAUGAAGUAGUUGGGUCAAGAUAUGCUCCAUUCAACCCUGAUGUUGAAUUAAAUCGGGACCAAGUAGCAGAUUUAACAGCUUUCCUCAGAGGUCUUAAAGUGGAGUAUAAAUUACCAGAUCAGACAACAUCAAAACGCAUAUAUCGUGUGAACUCAGCUGUUUUAAGUGCCAGGAGGCAGGAAUUCAAAUUGGCUGAUGGGAGACCAAUAACUAUAGAGGAAUAUUUCCGAAGAGAGAAGAAAUACACUUUAAAAUAUCCAAAUUUGCCUUGUCUUCAUGUUGGAGCACAAAAUCGAGCCACUCCAAUAUUUCUACCAGUUGAGUUAUGCACAAUAGUGAAGGGACAAGUUACAUUCAAAAAAAUGGAUGAGCAGCAGACCUCAGCUAUGAUCAAAUAUGCUGCAACCUCAACUGUUGAAAGAAAAAGCAAGAUUGAUCACUCUAUUCGUCAAGCAGACUACAACAGUGAUCCUGGUAUCCAGGAAUUUGGAAUUUCGGUCAGUAGUCAGUUUGAAAGUGUCAAUGCAAGAAUUUUGGAUGCACCACAAAUAAUGUAUGCUAAUGAAAGAAAGGUUCAACCAGAUGGAGGUAAAUGGCAGGCACAGCCUUUUCUAAGGAGCAGGUCACUGGAGAAUUGGGUGAUUAUCAAUUAUCGUACACGUAUCUCCACAGAUGAUCUAUGGAGAUUUGGUGAGCAAAUGAAAGAUGUGGGUAAAAAAUUGGGAAUGGCGAUCAGCGCACCACAGGAUGUUAUUCCAUUGGAUAGAAGGUUUCAACCAUACAAACUGAGUGGCCUACUGGAGAGUUUGAAAAACUCAGGAACAGAACUUGCUGUUGUUGUUAUUGAUGAUAGACGUGUGGACUAUGCCCAAGUGAAACAGUUUGCAGAGUUGGAAGUUGGUCUUCUCACACAGUGCCUUAAGUGGAAGACUGUUUCACGAUCCAAUUACAGCACUGUACAAAACAUUUUACUGAAGGUGAAUUCAAAACUAAAUGGAGUGAAUCACAAACUGGCACCGCUUACCAGACCUCCAUGUCUUAAUGAACCGAUCAUGAUCAUAGGAGCAGAUGUGACACACCCAUCACCAGACCAGAGAAAUAUUCCUUCAGUAGCUGCAGUUUGUGCAAGCCACGAUCCUGAUGCUUUCAAAUACAAUAUUCAGUACCGUCUUCAACCGCCAAGGACAGAAAUUAUUCAAGAUCUCAAGGAAAUAAUGACUAACCAUCUUAUGUUUUUCUACAAAGAGACACGGUGUAAGCCCAGGCGCCUGAUAUUUUACAGAGAUGGUGUGAGUGAAGGACAGUUUGCAAUGGUUCUCAGAGAAGAACUAACACAAAUACGAAAUGCCUGUCGUGGCUUGGAAGAAUCGUAUGAACCUCAAAUUACAUUCUUGGUUGUGCAAAAGCGCCACCACACACGUUUCUUCCCAAAGAAACGAGAAGAUGAAGAUGGCAGAAAUAAAAAUGUACCUGCAGGAACUAUUGUGGAUACUAGUAUAACACAUCCCAGGCACAUUGAUUUUUAUCUCGUCAGCCAUGCCAGUAUACAGGGUGUAAGCCGGCCAACAAAGUAUCGCAAAUUGUGGGAUGAUUCUAAUAUGGACAUUGAUGAGUUGGAAGAACUGACAUAUUACCUGUGCCAUCUGUUCUCACGGUGUACACGCAGUGUGUCAUAUCCUGCCCCGACAUACUACGCUCACCUUGCAGCAUUCCGAGCUCGCAUGUAUAUUGAAGGGCAGACUAUAAACUUGGACAGAUUGCCACAUGAGCAAGCUCAGAGGAUCAUUAAAGACAACAUAAUUAAAAAUUCUCCCAUGUUUUUUGUAUAGAGAAAUAAUGUUCCUGACAUCACUGUAGAAACAACUAGCAAUUUCUCUUAAUAUCAGUGAUGUGAAAUUGUUCCUAACAUCACUGUAAAAAGAAUCAGCAAUUUCUCUUAAUGUAACUUGCUGUCAUUAAAAGAGACAGUAUGCAACAGUGAAAUAAUUUUCACUUGUGUGUGUGUGUGUGUGUGUGUGUGUGAGAGAGAGAGAGAGAGAGAGGGAGAGAGAGAGAUAGAGAGAGAGAGUGUAAUGCACAUAACUGGCUAUUAAAAUUGAAACACCAGGAAGGAUAGCAGACAAAGAAAUUUUACUUACUGUUCACAUACAGUAUAUUGGGGAGAAUACAUGCUUAAUUUGUAGAUGAUUUGUGGGUGUUCAGGAUAUGAAAUUUAGUAGCGUACAGCUACUGGCCUUAACACAUCAGAAAUGUAAUGGCCGUUGUCCAAAUUACUGACUGUGUGAACCAGAGGUGGUCAUGUGUGUUCAGCAGCACCCCGUUACUGUCGAGCCAGGAGCUGGGUCCUUAUAAUGAUGACAAAUGCACUCUGGCAACAUUUUAUUCUCCUCAGAGCCUCCACACAUGUCCAUAAUGAUGCUAUAUGCAGAACCGGGACAGAAAAGAUGAUGAGGUGCCACUCCUGUGUCCAGUGUUCUUGUUGAGUACAUCACUGGCAGUCCAUUUCUCUUUGCUACCGCAUCAAGGAAAGGCGGAACAAUGUUUGGCAAGCUGACAGUCUUUGGUGUUCCAGACAUUGUCACACUAUAUACUUGUCUUGCUGUGAACAAGCAAAUGUACUGAUUUUAGUUACAUGAAGUGGAUGUAUGAUCCUGCACAGCUCAGUGAACAAUAUUUACAUUGAUAUCAACAUUUGUUCUCUACAAACCAGUGUGAAGUGCAAAGCAGGGGAGUACUACUCAUUGUACCAGUUAUUUGAGGUUUUUUCCCAUUUCAUUUGUGUAUGGAGAGUGGGAACUGCCUCCUUAUGUAAUUGAUCUAAUCUUGUCCUCAUAAUCCCCCAUGGGAGCUAUAUGUAGAGGGUUAUUUCCUUGAGUCAUCAUUUAAAGCCGGUUCCUGAAACUUUAUAAGUUGGCUUUUUAGGAUAAUUUACAACUAUCUUCAAGAAUCUGACAUUUCAGUUUCUUCAGCAUCUCUGUGAUACUCUCACACAUAUCAAAUAAACCUUUGACCAUUUGUGCUGCCCUUCUCAAUGUGUCUGCCCUCUCAGGUGCUAGUCUUGUGGGGCCAUUGAGAUCCUUUGUGGCAUUGAGUAUGCCCUUCCUGAACUCGUCAAUUCCAUUGCUGUAUGACAGUUGUGGGAUCCCAACCAAUGCAAACAGAAAUAUUGCAGAACAAUAAACUACAAUCUCACUGAGCCACAAGCUUGCUGCUGUGAAAUUCUGACACACAUUGCUGGAUGUUAUGCUUCUUACACAAGGCGUAAUGUAAUCUUCUAUCAAACAAUGAACAUUCAAAUGAGAUUUCUGAAUGAGAAAGUGACUGUAUGAUCUUUUCUUACCUACAGAUACGGCCGGUAUUACUCCUACCUGUGCUGUAAGGUUGUGCUGAAAUGCUGAUCAUUUGCAUAUCCAAGAACGUAGUAUAACCCCACGUUAAUUUGUCAUCUGUUGCACGCUGUCAUUAUGAUGUUGCAAUUUUUAUGGCCAGCAGUGUGUAAAUUUCAAAAUUUUCCUGUUACUGACUGUUUUUUUUUGAUAAUAUGGCAUUUGAAAACUUGUAAUGGCUGAGGAAAUAUGGUAAUGUGAAUAUUGUAAAGACUCUGACACUUGAGUCAUAAAGUAAUAAUUGUUUUCAGUACUUAACAAAAUAUUUAUAUUUUUUGUCAUUUUUGUAUCACUAAUGGUGUUUUAUGCUAUGCAAAUUGUUGAGAGUUAAUUAUUUUUCUUUAUUCUUGUUGUCUUGUUAUACAUUGUGCAUAAUGUUAAUAUAUAUGUUUUUUGUAUUUUCAUGUAGUGUUGUAAUAACUACUAAAUAUCUUUGACAUUGUGUCAACAGCUGAUCUGAACUGUUAUUCUGAAAUAUCAGGUAUGCCAAAAUCACUUGUAAAUCUUUUUAUUAAUUACUGAUGUUGACAUAUCUUGUAUGUCAUCAUCAGAUCAUGUAACAUUAUUACAGAGAAAUUCAUGAUCUUUAUAAACUUGCAAGUCACAUAGAGACGUUACAUUAUUUUUACAGUAAAUUAUGUUCCUUGCUACCUUUAUAGUAAAAUGACGCAACAUCACUGUGUGACUUGCAAGUUUUUAAAAGAUCAUGACCUGUUUUGUGUUACAAGAUCUGAUGAUGUCAUCACAGAUCUGAUGAAGAUCAGAUGAAACUGGUAAUCAUUAAACAGAUUUACAAGUGAUCUUGGUAUACCCUAUAUUUCAUAAUAACUACUCUUUGAUUUUUUUCUUUAUCAGUCUUGUUAACUAUGGUGUAUGGAAAAGUGUUUAAUUAAAAUAUUAUCUUCUCUGUAUUAUUCAAAUGAUUACUUAUAAUUAGUCAAUCAUGGACACUUACAAUGUUAAUCACUGCAAGUGAUCUGUCUUUGGAACAUACGCAUUUUCAGUAGGUUAUGGGCUAAGAUGCACAGAAGUUAAAAACUGGAUAAACAAUUAUUCAUCAGUUUUGAA